CCCCUUCUCUUCAGUUUAACCGGAAGUGAACAGCGACCAAGUACAAUUUCCACGUUAGCAUUUUUAUUUGUGCUAUUUGGACGUUUAUUAACACCCUGGAACUCAAAAUAUGACUAAUUGAACUGCACCGAACCACAUACUUACACCCUGUAGUAUUUAAUUCGCGUUGGAGACAGGGCUUGGUUGAUAAAUGUUAUCUAGGUAACGCUAGUUAGUUAGCUGUGAACAUUAGCCAACAUGGCUAACUGUGUGGUUUUUCACACUCAAAUAGCCUCCAUCAUGGAGGUGCUAGCGAAUGCAGCUGUGGCAGAUAUCUGUAAGCUCGUAGACGACGACUAUGCAGUGUUUCGUUUGGAAAUAACUCAAAGCCAGAAAGAAAACAGGGCAUUGCGGAGGAAACUUCAUCUAUUGGAACUGAAGGUGGCACGGGAGCGCGCAGAUAGAACAACGCGAGAGCGCGUCCUUGCUAGUCGUCCCAGUAGUGUCAAGAUCCUCGACGGAGGAAUGGAAAGAGGUGAAGGACAUCUCACUGGAGGCUUCAGGAGCUUUGUGAAGCCAGCGGGACACAAAACAUGGAGAGAUGACCAACCAAUCACUGUUGAUGAGGGGAGUGGAACCUCAACCCAGAACGUUAUCGUUAUAGAGCCUGCAGAUGCAGAGGCUGCAGGUCCUGGGGUCAAGCUGGAGAGGUCUGAAGGAGAGGAGGACCCACGACACAGCAGAAACAUCCAAACUGGAGCGGCUGGAGCGCCCCCUGUAGCCACGGAGGACCCCACCACAACCAUAGUGCCGCCCAGGAUCCGACGCAGCAUCACAGAGGACAGUGGAACGCAGAACGCUGUCCUCAAGUCAGAGACAGACACAGAGACUUUAACUGUAACACAAAGGCUUUUACACACAGGAUCUGACCACAGGUCAGACCCAGAGAUACUGGAGCUGGGGGGACUGGACUGUCGUUCUGCUCCCGGCUCAGAGUAUUUACUUUACGGUAACCCGAGGACAGUUCUGUCCCAUCAGGACUCCGGUGAUGCAUUACAGACUGGCAAUGAUCCGUCUUGUUCUUACACUGCAGAGACAGGGAUGAUACCUGGUGACAUGCCUGUGGGCUUAGAUACACAGACUAAUCCAAUGAGAGGGGACUGGAACCGGUACAGUACUAGUGUGUACUCUGAAGACUGCCUGGAUGAGAAAGGGGAGGGUCUGGCCUUAGAUGAUGUGACUGUGAAAGUGGAGGGCGACGCUCCUCUGACAUGGAAUGAAGUCGAGACUCAUUUAGGAGGACACUCGCAGGACAACAGCAGUGACUUCUUAGACUACAGGGAAAACUUAGAGUCAAAUCUAAAUGUCACAACCAAUUCCUCUUUACACUCAGUGUCCAUGUCAAUGGCACCUUCCGAUUCACAAGGCCUGUUCGAUCAGGUAUUGAACUCAAAUGACCAAAGGUCCAAGGCUCGGGGAGGGGGAGCAAAAACUGGCGGUAAAGAGAAGCGGUUCCUUUGCAUGUUCUGUAAUAAAGGCUUCAGCUGCCCCCAGAAGGUGGAGAUUCACCAGAGGGUCCACACAGGGGAAAAACCCUACAGCUGUACCCAGUGUCACAUGCGCUUCGCCCAUGCUGGCAACCUCAAGAGGCACCAGAGGGUUCACACAGGGGAGAAACCCUACAGCUGUCCCCAGUGUGAGAAAAGGUUCUCCCACCAGCACCAUCUGAAGAUGCACCUGAAGGUCCACACGGGAGAGAGGCCAUUCAGAGAGUAACUACCUUAGGAUACAGCAGCAGAAAAAACAUUCCACUCUAUAACAUAGAAAGUAACCAUUCCACUUGAUAGCUUCUGACUUUGACAUCAAACCCUGAAUUAAAGACAAAGAUGAGUGUGUCAACAGAAAAGAUCCACAGAUGCAUUUUGGAAUAAUGUGAGUAACAGAUUUCAGUGUUAAAUAUUCCUGGGUAGAAUAUUGCAUCCAGACAUUGUGAUAUAUAAGGCAUAUAAAAGCCUAAUGAGUCUGUUACAUAUUGUUUUUGUACUGUGUAGGAUAUAUGAUGUUCACAAAUUUCAUUACUUCCAUUCAACUACUUAUUUUUUUGCCCAAGACACUUUUAAUGAGUCUAUUAAUGCAGUCUAUCAAGUUCAUGCAGAUGUAUGUGUGUUUUUCGUAUGGUGAAUUUAAAACGUGUAUGUUUAAUAAAUAAACAUUUUGACUUUGUUCUCCUUA